UUAGCGCAGCCCAUCUCACGUGCCUCAACCGCACCGCUGUCAUGGAACCCGAGGGCUCCGACCACGAUGCGCCAAGCGGGAUGGCCCGACGAGCAUGUGACCAGUGUCGUGCUCGGAAAAUCAGGUGUGACAAGCGCUCGCCAUGUUCGAAUUGUCGCAGCUCGAAUAUAUCUUGCCGGUCAACUGGUGAAGGGCAGCGGCCACAUGAGCCUCGGCGACGGUGAGAAGAAAAUCGACAUGAUUGAGGAACGCCUUGCGGGAGUCGAGAAAACCCUCCAACGCCUGGGCGGCAUCGAGCAAUCCCUGAAAGAGCUCUUGGCUUCAUCGCGGCAGCAAGGGCUUCCGUCCCGAAUCUCUGGGUCCUCUCAUUCAUCCCCUCUAACUCUGGCUCAGACGCAGUCUCCAGCAUCCAAGCAGGAAAAGCCGCAUACAAAAGGACCAGGCUAUACAUCUAAUGCCACCAUUGAGCAGCAUGAUUCAAGUUCUGCUUUUGAGGGCAAUUCCUCCUUGGCCAUUCACUCGGUUUAUGCCCGGGAUUUCCUUGAAUCGGCCGUCUCUCACAGCACCCCCGAAGUACUAUCUAGCCCGAGAAUCAAUGAAGCACUCUCAUCAUUAAAGCAGAUCGUGGAGUUGCAAGAUAAGCGCCGACAAAAUGAGCCUCAGCGAGGCCAAUUCUCCAGCCAGAUUAGUCGACUGGGCAGUCGAUGUGAUAUCCGUGAAUUGGAAAUGCCGCCUUUACCGGUGGUGUUGUCAGUGUUGAGAAAGAUGAAAGAAAAUCCACCGUCGGCAUUUGGGGGUUAUGUUCCUUUUCUCGACAUUGAGUACUUCAUUACAAAGUGUCAGGAAGUUUAUUUCUGCACAGAGGAUUAUUCCGAGGCAUCCUUCAUCACGGCCAACUUUGGACUAUACAUUGUGUUUGUUGAAUAUGGAUUUCUUGAGAAAGAAUUCGCCACACGGGACGAGUAUAAUCGAUAUGUGCACAUGUGCAGGGACAACCUCGAGGCAGCGCUCGCCAAUCUAACCAUUUUGAUGCCUGUCACCUUCGAUUCUAUUGUUGCACUUGUGCUCGGUGCUAUGCAUGGGAUUGAAAUUUCCAAGCCGUCUGUUAGUUGGACGCUUGCUUCAACGGCUGUACAGAUGUGCCAAACACUGGGGUAUCAUCGUCUCUCGUCUAUGGAAAAUGAUCCCCCCGAUCUGCAAAACAAAAAGCAGGCUCUCUUCUGGUCCGUAUAUACCAUUCCUAGUCUGUUAUCCUUGCGUCUAGGUCGCGCUUCCAUAGCCCAAGACUUCGAAAUUGAUAUUCCUUCGCCAUUCGAUUGCUUUGUGAACAUGAGCACAUGGGAUAUGAUCUGUGCUCUAUGGUGCAGACAGGCUAUGAUACAAAACGAAGCCUACACUCACCUUUACAGUCCAAAGGCUUUAAAUCAGCCUGAAAGUGAGCGAGCCACUCAUGCCCGUCGGUUGGCGGGGAUCAUGCAGACCGAUGUGAUGGAUCCUUUCGAGCAACUCAUCACAUCCCAGUCAAAUCUGUCGGACGUUGAUAUAAUUUACCUGAGAUGUGAUAAAGUCAGUCGGCUAUCAGUUCUCACACUGAUAUAUCGUGCCAUUCCAGUGGAGCCUGGCUCCUCUACCCCGUUCAUACCAGAAUGCAUCGACACCGCGCGAGCCUCAUUGGAAUAUCAUCAAAACUGUGUUGCCGUAUUGAAAGAAGCCAGUGAGGCCAUAAGGUGCUCUUAUAUGCAUUGGGCAAUCUUCCUCUCCCCAUUUGUUCCCUUCAUCGUCAUAUUUUGCCAUGUCAUUACAACAUCUGAUAAUGAAGAUCUCACUCGUCUCGAAGACUUCGUCGCAUCUCUGCACCCGCUCUGCCGCUUCUCUCAAUCAAUCGACCGGCUUCACACCCUUUGCUCUGUGCUGAGCACUGUCGCUCGCCUGUAUGUUGAAGCCAGAGCAAAAGAUAAAUCCGGCGAAGGUCAGGGGAUAGCAUCUGUGGGGCAGGAAUUUGACGUGUACCUAAGUGCCCUGGGUCUGGCUCCAGGGAGUGUGAUGACCAAUAGCCAAGGUUAUUUUCAACCAGAUCUUCCUAUCAUAUCGACUGGCGACUCGGCACCAUCGCUGCAAACAACUGGCUUUUCUGCUCCAGGUGCUCCAAGUCAAGCUCCUGCUCAAGACAUGUCGCUGGCUGAAAUGUCACAGGCGGCACAGCUAGGCAACUGGUACUCGGGGAACCAGUAUAUGAUGGGUCUGCUGGAGGAGGACUUGUUCCAGAUCAACCCUAAU